UGUAGUUCUUCACGCCGGUUCCACGACCUGAGGGAUGGAUUGUGAUAUUCUGGGACAUGGUUGCCCGCGUCAUAUAUGUCAUUGAUCCCAUGUACAGCAAGAACAGCCAACCACUCAUAACUGAGCCAAGAGACGAGAUCAUUGCUUGGAAGCUACAUGAUGCGUUGUUCAAUUGUUUUGCUGAGUACUAUGCUGGUUGGCCAGUCAAGAAAGAUGCAUGGAAGCUGAAGUUCCUUGCCCUUGCGGAUAGCAUUUUUAAUCGAAAUGAAAGUGGAGCGUGCGCUGUCCACAUCACACGUCACUUCGAUGGGAAAAAGUUGAAGAUUCCCCUUACCAAGCACACCAUAUCGAAAACAAAGCGGGAAACCCUGCAUGAGUGCAUGAAGUUGCAGGGCAAUUUCUCGUCCCACGUGCGAGACGUAUUGUGGCGUCUCCUUGCACCAGCAGACUCUAUGUUUGAAUCAGAGUGA